AGCUGCAAUGAAUAACAUUCAGCAAUUGAUUAUGAUUUUAAACUCAGCAACUGAUAAACCAUCAGAUACUCUCAUCGUGUAUUUCAAUAAUUGCACUGUGAACCCUAAGGAUAGUAUCCUGAAAAGAGUGGAAAAUCUUGAACACAUCUUUAAAAAGAAAUUUGCUGAAGCAGUUGGACCAGCAUGGGCUGAAAUUGGCUCACAGAGAUACAAGCUUGGAGUGCGUCUGUAUUACAGAGUGAUGGAGUCUAUGCUAAAGUCGGAGGAAGAGCGCCUCUCAGUCCAGAAUUUCAGCAAACUUCUGAAUGAUAACAUCUUCCACACAUCUCUUCUGGCAUGUGCUGUUGAGGUUGUCAUGGCUACAUAUGGCAGAAAUGCUUCACAAGGUAAUGGUACCAGUGCUGAAACAGACUUGUCUUUCCCAUGGAUUCUCAGUGUAUUUGAUUUAAAAGCUUUUGACUUCUACAAGGUGAUUGAAAGUUUUAUUAAAGCGGAGCCAAGCCUAACAAGGGAAAUGAUAAAGCAUCUCGAACGCUGUGAACAUCGAAUUAUGGAGUCUCUUGCCUGGCAAUCUGGGUCGCCUUUGUUCGAUCUUAUCAGGCAGUCAAAGGAACGAGAAGGCCAAACUGAUCAGUCUGAGCCCUCCUCCACUCUCAACCUGCCUCUCCAGCAUAAUCACACUGCAGCAGACCUCUAUCUUUCUCCUGUGAGAUCUCCUACAAAGAAGUCAUCUGGACCUCCUCCAAGUGCUACUUCCACUCCAGAUGCUCAGCAAGGUGUGCCCCCCCAACCACAGAAACCACAGAAAUCUACCUCCCUCUCUCUGUUCUACAAAAAAGUGUAUCUACUGGCCUAUCUUCGACUACGUACCCUGUUCUGCAGGCUUCUCUCUGAACAUCCUGACCUGGAACCCUUGAUCUGGACCCUCUUCCAGCACACGCUGCAAAAUGAGUAUGAGCUCAUGAGAGACAGGCACUUGGACCAGAUCAUGAUGUGUUCCAUGUAUGGCAUAUGCAAAGUAAAGAAUGUAGAUCUUAGAUUUAAAACAAUUGUUUUGGCCUACAAGGAGCUUCCCAACACAAAUCAAGAGACUUUCAAACGUGUUCUUAUCAGGGAAGAGCAGUAUGACUCCAUUAUAGUCUUCUACAACUUGGUGUUCAUGCAGAAGCUGAAAACAAACAUUUUGCAGUAUGCCUCCACCAGGCCUCCCAGUCUGUCACCUAUCCCACACAUUCCUCGCAGCCCUUACCAGUUUUCCAACUCUCCUCGCCGUGUCCCUGCUGGCAAUAACAUCUACAUCUCACCCUUGAAGAGCCCAUACAAAUUUUCUGAUGGGUUUCAGUCACCCACAAAGAUGACUCCAAGGUCUAGAAUUUUGGUGUCAAUUGGUGAAUCAUUUGGGACUUCUGAAAAGUUUCAAAAAAUAAACCAGAUGGUUUGCAACAGUGACAGCCAUCUAAAACGCAGUGCAGAAGUGAGUGCUGCUUCUAAGCCUCUGAAGAGGCUGCGCUUCGAUAUAGAAGGGCAGGACGAAGCAGAUGGAAGCAAACACCUACCCCAGGAGUCCAAGUUCCAACAAAAGCUUGCAGAAAUGACAUCUACCCGAACAAGAAUGCAAAAGCAGAAACUGAACGAUGGAAAUGAUACCUCAGCCAGUGAAGAAAAGUGAGAUUUUGCUCAGGACCAGGGGCUGCACUGCAGGCCCUCUUAAGAUUAUUUUUGUUUUACAGCCUUCAUUAAUUGAGUUGCUUUUUUUAGUUGCUUUUUUAUGCCGAACUGCUAGUUGAAAACAUUUGGACUUUUAAGAUUUUUAAAUGUUUGUCAUGAUACUUGGCCUUAUGAUGUAGCAUGUGUACAAUGUAAGCCACUGAAUUUAAUUUAUAUAUUUUUUGAGGAUUUUAAAAACAGACUUGGAAGGUGUCUUAGUUUCCUAUGGCAGCAUUACUGAUUUAAGUGAAUUCAGUCUACUUGGACUGAAUUUUU